AGGAAUCCUCCACAUGACCUCGCCGGGCUUAUUGUGGCCACAGCGGGAGUUGGAUGCAUAGGCCCAGGUAAUAGCCAGGUGCUCCUGUGUUUUCCAUUUCUAGCUCAGUCCUGUUCAUGUUUCCACCUAGAGUUCUAGAAGUGAGGGUGUUUCCUGAGACUGCUGGCCAGAUUUGAUUUGUCUUUAAGGGCGUACAUUCCCAGAAAUAACACCCAUCACCCACUGAGCAUGUUUGUGGUCUCCCACCCCAGGCCCUCUUUGAGGCGGUAGUGAUGAGUUUCUAUCCAUGCCAGUCCUGAACUCUGAUUGCCAGUCUUACGGUCUUAGGACUUCCACGUCUCCUGUGGUUCUUUGGCUCUGAGAAGCACAUGGCCUCUGUACUUGGAGCUUCCUAGACCUGCAUACCAAGGACACCUCUCUAUGGAAGAUAAGGGCUCAUUUCUCAAGACCAGAAAAGGAGACUGGAGUGGUACCUGUGCAGGGAGCCUCAGAAGGGAGGAGCCGCACACCUGGGGCCCGAGGAACCUCUUCUUGGGAGGCUCCCGUCUGAUGUGCAGGAGGCAGGACAUCAGACUGACUCUUCAGGGGAUCCUGCAGGGGACCGAGACCAGCACCCACUGUCUCAGCCUCUACUGCAGGGGACACUGUGUGGCUCUCUGUCUAACAGUGAGACACGAGAGCCCAUUUUACACGAGGUGGCUGCCAGGGACUCAAAAUCGCUAAGGUUUGCCUUGGGAGCCCCUGGAAUGUGGACAACUCAGGACCUGACAGGAAGUUCUGUGUUGAUGAGUCCGGGCUUCACGUGGAAGUGAAUGUCACUUUAUAACCAGUAGUCACCCUGAGUGAGGGACACUAUGCAGGAGGAAGCCUUCCACAGGAAGACAGGCAGGGCAAAGCUUAGGCUGACCCUGAGCCUCCCAAGUAGAGUGAGCCUGAGAUAAGCUGCUGACAUGGCAAAGUAGGGGACUUGGUGACCUCGCGCCUAUACCUGGAGUUGUCAAGAUUUCCUCUUUUAAGUCACUAUACCAAAUAGGAAACAUGAUCUACAAGUGCCCCAUGUGUAGGGAGUUUUUCUCUGAGAGAGCAGACCUUUUCAUGCAUCAGAAAAUCCACACUGCUGAGAAGCCCCACAAGUGUGACAAGUGUGACAAGGGUUUCUUUCACAUAUCGGAGCUCCACGUUCACUGGCGAGACCACACUGGAGAGAAGGUCUAUAAGUGCGAUGACUGCGGUAAGGAUUUUAGCACCACAACGAAGCUUAACAGGCAUAAGAAAAUCCACACCGUGGAGAAGCCCUAUAAAUGCUAUGAGUGUGGCAAAGCAUUCAAUUGGAGCUCCCAUCUCCAGAUCCACAUGAGAGUUCACACAGGGGAGAAGCCCUAUGUCUGCAGUGAGUGCGGGCGGGGCUUCAGUAACAGCUCGAACCUCUGCAUGCAUCAGAGAGUGCACACAGGCGAGAAGCCCUUCAAGUGUGAGGAGUGUGGCAAGGCCUUCCGGCAUACGUCCAGCCUCUGCAUGCACCAACGGGUGCACACGGGGGAGAAGCCCUACAAGUGCUACGAGUGCGGGAAGGCUUUCAGCCAGAGCUCCAGCCUCUGCAUCCACCAGCGGGUGCACACCGGGGAGAAGCCCUACAGGUGCUGUGGGUGCGGGAAGGCCUUCAGCCAGAGCUCCAGCCUGUGCAUCCACCAGAGAGUGCACACCGGGGAGAAGCCCUUCAAGUGUGAUGAGUGCGGGAAGGCCUUCAGCCAGAGCACCAGCCUCUGCAUCCACCAGCGGGUGCACACAAAGGAGAGGAAUCACCUCAAAAUACCAGUUCUAUAGAGCGCUUGUUAAGUUAGAAAUCCUAAACCCAUAAGUGCCACUAGGAAGGAAACCCUACAGACACCUGCAUUGACCCGAGAAUUGUUACAGGAAGCCCCAGCCCCAGCAGAACAUUCUUUUUGAAGAGGCGAGUGUGAGGCUGAUUUUUUGAUCCAUGCCAGUGUGUUCCACAAUUGGACUUUGACUCUGGAAUCCCUCCGGGUGUCUGCCCCAGAUGGGCCGCGGGGUCCCAGCGUUUCCCACCCACGAAACGUGGGUGCAUUUCUUGAGGUUCCAGCCCGAUGCCUCCGUAGUGAAUACAGCACAGGGAACCACGGCUGUCACCCAGCCUCCUGCGUCACCUUCUGUUGACGCUUCACCCAACAGUGAGUUAGCCCAGCCCUCCUCCCCAUCCCUCCAUGGAGAGCUCACAACCCCUUCUCUCAAUUCAGGCAUAUUGGUUAAUGCAUUUGAAACGGACAGUCCCCCCAAGUCAGUGCUUUGACAUCUCUGAGGCUCCCCUCAAUUCACCCCUGCCUCUCCAUAGACCCCAUUGUUUCUGAGCCCACGUUCCUGUGUGUCCUCAAAGUACUCUACCCAUAGACACCCCCUCUUCCUAGAUGGCGUCCAGUCUCAUUUUAGUUUUACUCAGUCAGCCAGUCAGGAUCAGAAUCAUUGGCAGACGGAUGUGCCCUCGAACUUUUUUUUUUUUUUUUUU